AUGGCGACCUCGACCUCCAUACGGCCGGUCAUUGGCCGGAUACUGCAGCACACAAACAAGUGCAGCCCCUCGACCGUCUGCCUAGCAGCUGCCUCCGGAUCGUCUCGCGUAUCCGCGGCCCCUUUCUCGACCACGACCGCUCUGUCCAUGCGCAAGCCGCGGCGCGACAACAACCGAUUGCGAGGUCUUUCCUCCCUCUACCGGUCCGGAACGAAGGGCCGAAUGGCUGUCGAUGGUUUCGAAGUCCCCGAACCGGCCGACUACAAGCCCGAGGAACAUGUCAAGACAGACCCCAACCACGGACUGUACCAGUUUUUCUACGAGAGCGACAAGGCGCUGCUACCCCCCGAAGAGGAGGCAAAGCAUGGUCGCUCGUGGACUGUCGAGGAGCUGAGGCACAAGAACUGGGACGAUCUGCACCGGCUGUGGUGGGUGUGUGUGAAGGAGAGGAAUAGAAUCGCGACGGCGGCCAGGGAGAGACAGAGACUGGAGUUCAGGACUGGUGAAGACGAGAGUAAAGCUAGGAUGCGAGCAGUUUCUAAGACGAUGAAGGCCAUCAAGCAGGCCCUCACGGAGCGAUUCUACACCUGGGAGGACGCAAGACAGCUCGCCGAAGAGGAUCCCGAGGUAGACCUGUCUAACGAGAGUAGCCCUUAUACGCCCCGGUCCUACCUUGAGGAGGAGGUGGCAGACCCUCAGGCUCUUGAAGCCGAGGCGGAGGCUGAAGCUGAGGCUGUUGUACAGGAACAGCAGCCCGGGAAGCCUGCCGAGCAGCCGAUCGACCCGUCCGCCUUACCGAAGGCACCUGCGACACCAACGACGACUCAACCGUAG